GUCUCAGUGAAGCCUUAACACUGAGUUUGAAAAUAAAUGUUGAGAAUAAAUCAUACAUAGGGAUAUGCAUGUGGUCAACAAUGAACAAUCUGCAGGAAAACAGUGCAGCUUCUCCUGCCACUCCUUCUGUGAAAGACCUUGAGAAGAUUUUGUAUGGAGGUAAAAGGUUUGGUAAUCAUGUUGAUGAAGUUUGGCCUAACCUGUUCAUUGGAGAUAUGUCAGUAGCUAAUGAUCGCUACAGUCUGUGGAAGCUGGGAAUCACCCAUGUUGUGAAUGCAGCUCAUGGGAAGACGCACUGUCAGGGGAGUCACUACUUCUAUGGAUCCACCGUGGAUUAUUAUGGAGUGCCUGCAGAUGACUCACCGUCUUUUGACCUCUCUCGAUAUUUCUUUCCCUCUGCUGAGUAUAUUCAUAACGCACUUGACACGACAAGUGCUCGAGUUCUCAUCCACUGUGCUGUUGGCGUGAGCAGGUCUGCCUCCAUCGUCCUGGCCUACCUAAUGAUCCACCACAAUUACACGCUACUAGAUGCAAUCAAUAAGGUCAAAGAGCGCAGGUGGAUCUUCCCAAACAGAGGAUUCCUUAAACAGCUUCGUGCUUUGGAUAUGAAACUGCAAAAGACUUCAUGACCGCUUCAAAAAAUAAAGAUCUUCUGAUGCACAUAACCUCAAAACAGCUUUUUCUCCAGACAAAUGAGAGACUUGAUGACUGUGUCAGUUGAAGGAAAUGCUGUGCUUUGACUUUAAUCAGUUUGUUUCAGGAAUGGAAUCGAAUCAAAUGUAUUUCCCCCACAACUCUGGCGCUGUGUUUGAUGUGAAUUAUGCGGCCUCUCUAUAUAAUAUCGACCCCGUCUUAAUAGGAGAUCAAUGUAAUGAACUCUCCUCUGGGCAGAAUCAAUUUAAGGGACUGAAUAUGAGAUAUAGUUUUUAUUUAACCUUAGUGUUGUGUUGAAGAAGCUUUUAUCCAUUGUGCUGCAGGUGAAAUUAAUCUGCAGUGUGUUUUAAUUUUAAAACAAUUCAAUUUUGGCUGGGGUUUUUGUCUUGGUAAGUACAAAAACUUACAUAAAACUUUUAUUUUGAAACCCUGAAGUGCACCCUGGAAUUGCUUUAUCAUCAGAUAUAGUAUUUAAUACUCAAAUGAUUCGGUUUCAAAGUCUUUUUUUUAUCAGUAUAUUAGCAGUUUCCUUGCAGCUGUCCCAAAUUUUCUUUUGUUUCUACCACAAUUGUGAUUUGGGGUAAAAUGUCUCCAAAAAUUAUUGGAUGGAUUGAACUGAAAUUUCUCCAGAUACUGUGAUCCCCUCAGGAACUUUUUAUUGUUGACUCUCAUGAACUAAUAUCAUCGGUCAAAUCCACAGUUCUUCUCAAGUGGUGCUUCAUGACUAAGUACCUGUAAACAACAGAUUAACAUUAUCAUCAUCUGUUAUCUACAGAUGAGGCAUUCAUGACUGUAGCAAUGCUUACAUAUUGGACCAAGAUGAUGAACUUGAUCAACAUUAGGCUCUUUGAUCUAUACUCUAUCUUUGAAUGUGUUUUAGUGAAAGCCUAAACAGAUCUUCAUUUAAAGUUGUUGCUUCUGUCUUCAAAUCUCCAGCUGAUCAUUUUAAUCAGUUCCACUAAUAAUAAUACUAAUAAAAUGUAUCAUGGUCAUUAUUUGUUGGCACAAAUGGAAUACUAUAAAAGUAAA